UCGCAUGAAAUCUAGAAGUAAAAAUAAUAAGAGAGAGGGGGAGGUUAUCGAGCUGCAUUAAAUAAAUUAAUUCAGCUGGACACAGAGACGACAAAGAUGGAUAUAACUAUGAGGAAGUGAGCAGGAAGUUGAUGCUGUAUUCAUCUCCGAGAGCAAGAACAGAGACAGAAGCACGAUGGCUGCAUUCACAUGGAUUCAAAUGUCUUCAUUACUGAUACUGAUGCUUCAGUUUAAAGGAACAACUGAGCAACAUCAAACUGUCACAGCUGGACGUGGACAUGAUGUUACUCUGCCUUGUAAAAAUGUGAUACAAGGUCAGCAUAACUGUAUCAGUACUGUCUGGAUCUUCAGUGAUUCAAGCAGCUCAGUAUCAAUCUUUGAAUUUGGGCAGAAUAAAGAAGCCAAACCUAAAUCAGACAGACUGAGUGUUUCUGCAGACUGUUCUCUGGUUAUAAAGAAGGUCACAGAUCAGGAUGUUGGUCGUUACACCUGCAGACAGUUCAAAACAGCAACAGGAUCACAAGAAGGUCCAGACUUUAUGAUUGAUCUGUCUGUUAUUAACAGUAAAGAUGUGAAAACGACAACAAAAUCAACAAUUAAACCAACAUUAAAAAUAACAAAUAUAUGGACAACAAGAGAGGAAGUAAAGACAUCGCUGACAACAACAUCAAAUCAACCAGACGGUGAAGAUGUGAAAACAACAAAAUCAACAACAGUGAAGUUCACCACAAAAACAUCAUCGACAACAAAAUCCACAACAUCAACAAUUAAACCAACCGUGAAAAUAAACACAUGGACAACAAGAGAGGAAUUAAAGACAUCAGCAGGGACACUGACAACAGCAUCAAAUAUUCCAUCUGGAGUUCUUUCAGGAUUUAUCAUCGUUCCUGUGGGUUUAGCAGCUCUCUUAAUAACUGUUGCUACCGUCAACAUGUGGAUAAAAUGUAACGGUGAGAAAAUUCACAGAUGAGACUUUUACACAUAAAAAGUUUUGAGUUUUACUGUUUACUGUACUCUUUUUUUAUUAUUAUUUUGUCUUUUCAGGAAACAAAACACAGAUGGAAAAAACCGCUGAGCAUAAUGAUGAGGGUGAAGAUGGAGUGAACUAUGAACAUAUUGGAGACUCUUCUGCUUCUGUCAGACUCCACUGAUCAACAACUCAAACAUCAUCUCAUCACAUAAAUUAGCCCAUUGCUGUGAAAACACUGUGUGUCUCUGUGUGUGACUGGGUCUAAGUUUGAGACUUGCUGAGCCUUGACACCUGUGGGACAAGAUUAUAGAAGGUGAGGGUUGCUCCUCCCUACCACUCUCUUCUGGUCAUUGCCCAUGAGAACAGUCCUGAGCUCAUCCUUGGUUCUGGCUCUUAAACGUUCACCAUGAGAGCUCUUUCUGGGCCUCCUUUGUCAUUCUUUCCUCCUUUUACUUGUGCCAGCACACGGUCAUUGUCAUCUGGACAUGUGGGCUUGUGUCUGCAGGACUCUUGGGGUGCUGUGGAGGGCCCAACUAAACUGUGUGUUUCUCUUUCACACUCACAUGCAAGAUUGUGCGUUUUUUUGAGGUGCUGUUUGUUUUUUGUAUAUGUUUUUCUUACAGGUGCAGCAGAUGGUGAUCUGUUGAGUUGAACUAUGUGUGCUGUGUCCUUUUGAUUUUGUCUUCUCUUGAUUUUUCUCUGUUUUUCUUUUUUCCCUUUCUCCUCUCUACCCAUUCUUACCUCUCCCUACCUGUCAGCUCUGGUAUUGAUCAAUUACACAUAAGUUAAUGUGAAUAACAAUGGAAAUGAAUAAAUCAAAUAGAAUAAAAAGAAAGACUAAGAUAAGAAACCUAUACAAAAUUCAUAAAGCUCCUCUUGGCAAAGCAAAUGUGUUGGCACAACAGAGCAUUCAGAUCAUGUUUCUGAUUGUGAAUGCUGUCGGACAAGACAGGUUUAAAAAAAGGAAACAAAAAAUUACAUUUUGAUUUUUUCUCAUAUUUAGCUAAAAACUUUUUCAGGUACAUUUAGAUUUAUCUAACAAGUAAAAUACCAUACAGCAAUUAUUUAUCCUUUAUUUAAUUAUGAUAAACAGAAUCUUUUGUUUGUUUAAAUUUGCUGUUGAUGAUUUUUAUUAAAGGUAACCCACUGAGUUAAAAAUGACAGGUUAUUUAUUGCUGUUUAAAUGUUGUGUUAUUUAUUUGAUUGGUAGUCUUCUUACUUUAUUUUUAUUCCUGAGGUGAGUUUUAAUGAGAUUUACAAACAGUAACAGAUAUAAUGAUCCAAAUUAUAACUUCAGUUUCUAACUAUUGCUUUUUUUGCUGUAUGAUAAUAAGAAUAAAUGUAAACAUGUUUGUGAACAA